AUGACAGAAGAGCAAGAGCUUCUAGCCAAGAUUGGACAGCUAGCCGGUCAAAUCAAUCAACACAAGAAUCAACAUCAACACCUAGCACCUUCCUCCAACUACCAUACCCGUCAUCCCCGCGCUGGAUGGGCUCCUUAUCGAGGACGAGGCACUAGGGGCCGUCCAGUAUCGCAUAGAAAUCGCACCUUGAUUCUCAACAACAACACACCAGAUGCAUCGAAAGCUGAAGCUGCCGACAACGCGACUCCGCCACCAGCCAGCACAAAUGGAUGGGUCGCAAAACGGGACCGUCACAUGCAACUAAUAAACUCAUCUAUCUAUGACAAAGAAGUCCAAGCACGAACGAAAGCCAUCGCAGAGACGGAAAAAUCGAAGCGCGAGAAGAGAGCUAAAGCGGAGGAAGCAAAAGUGAUGCGAUACGCCCAGGGUGUUCGCAAUGUGCAUGCAACUCCUGUAGCAGGGCCAAGCGGUGUUGCAACUCAGCCCUCAACUUCAUAUCAGAUUUUCAUACACGAUACACCUUUCCAGGUUGUACGGGGUGGUAGCAAAUUAAUCAGACAAUCCAAAGACCCCAAAAACGCAAAUGCCACACCGAAGAAAGUGGUCGUUGGAGGCGUGACCUUUGUUCGUAGCAAGAAAGGUAACCUCCAUCGUCUCGGCGCUGUGGUGGCUAAGAGGAAACCGAGCAAAAUCAAGAAGAAAAAUGAACUGUGCAAGCGAUUCUCUCGAACGGGUACCCGAUUCUCUCCUUACUACACAGCUAUUCUACACGAUGCCAAGGCCGUGCUUGGUGUUGACAAAAAUACAGAUCAUGUUACAAAGGACCCGAUUGUCCAUACAUCCACGACGCGAACAAAGUGGCAAUCUGCAAAGACUUUCUACAAACUGGUAAAUGCCGCUCAGGAGAUAGUUGCGAUCUCUCCCACGAGCCAUCACCUCAUAGAUCCCCUGUUUGUGUCCAUUUCCUUCGAGGGCGUUGCUCGAAUCCUGAAUGUCGCUACACACAUGUCCGUGUCACACCUGGAGCACCCGUCUGUCGCGACUUUGCAGUCCUUGGCUAUUGCGAAAAGGCCGGAGAAUGCACAGAUCGUCACGUCUAUGAGUGCCCAGAUUAUGCCAACACGGGAAAAAGCUACCGCUGGCAAAUCGGAGACAACGCCUCUCGACGGCGAAGGCGAAGAGGAGGAGGAGGAUAUAUCCAGUGAAGAAGAGUAUGAUGAAAUUGACUCGGAUGACAUCGACUCUGAUGAGCUUGAUUCCGAUGAGGAUGAGCCCAUGGUGGAGUUUGUCGAGGGCGGUACUGACGAUCAAGAGCUUUCCGGGCAGCAGGACUUUGUCCAUUUUUGA